GCCCACCCCUGAUAAAAAGCGUACCAUUUUAGCCACUUAAAAAUAGAAAAAUAUCUCUUCUUCCUAUCAUCUUUAUCUCAAUAUUACAAAUCUUGUUGCUAGUGAGAGUUCAUUCACCACAGCCAUACACCCUGUAGAUAAGAUAUUCUACUUUUCUUACACACACAUACAUACAUACAGAGUUUCCUUAACUUCAACAAACCAUGAAAGCUCUGUCCCUUCUACACCCACCCCCUCCCCUACCCAACCCACCCCCAUUCCGCCCACCCGCCGCCGCGCCGCUCCGCCUGCGGAGACAGCGGCUGGCGGCGGGAUCAAAGGGCUUUGCCUCCACAAGGCCCGGAAAAGGCAAGAAACCGUCCGUCCCCCGAAAACCGGAAAUUGACGACGACAGAAUACCCGAUGUCGUUUGGGACAGGAUGAUCCGAAGAAUCCUGUUGCUGGUCGGGGUGCCGAUAGGGCUCGGAUUCGCAUUGCUGCAGGGGAUGAAUUUGUUGCAGGAACACGGAAUUUGGAACGUCCCGAAGGCGGUGCCGUACGCGACCACUUUCGUCACAUUCGGAACGUCGGCGAUCGGGAUUGCCUAUGGCAGCCUGUCGACGAGCCUCGACGCGGACAAGAAAGGAUCGCUUCUGGGGCUCGAGCAGCUGGAGAAGAACUGGAACGAGAUGUGGAUGGAAGAAGACGAAACCGGAGAAGAAGGAAACGAUCGGCCAUCAUCGUCGUCGAGUUGAUUUGUUCUUAAGGUGUCAUGCUGUCUUGUUGCAUAACACAGGGGAUAUAGAAUGGAUGAAAGAUUGGAUCAAUCUCUGAAUUUGGAUCUUCAACAUUGUUAGAGAAGAUUGAAAAAUUGGGUUGGUUGGAUGCAACGGGGCAAAAUGUCAAUUUAUUUAUUUAUUUUUU